UACUUGCGUUUAACAGCAAUGGAUAUUCCAGUUUGUGUUGAAUUGUAGAGAGUGCUAAUUAUCCGAAAGAAUGAAUAAUCUGGUUUUAGCAAAUAUAAAAUUCCAUUAUUUGUGAGAACUAAUAAUUAUGCCUGCGAAUCCGGAAUUUACAAAUGAGGAAAACGAAAGUGUUGAAGAACUGAGAAGACGACUGAAAGACGAUGUAAGAACUGAAAUGUAUGAUGACAAAAUGAUGUUUUAUAGGUUCCUAAAAGCCCGAGACUUCAAUAUUGAUAAUGCAGAGAUCAUGCUUAGAAACCACUUGAAUUGGCGAACGGAAAAUGGAAUUGACACAAUUCUCAAAGACCACAAACCAAGUGAGGUUUUUCAAAAAUUUCUUCCAAUCAGUUUCAUAGGAUACGACAAAGAAGGAUGUAUUGUAAGAUAUUUGUCUGUCGGAAAAGCAGACGUUAAAGGACUUUGUCUUUCAAUGAAAUACGCUGAUUUUGCACGAGAUUUUAAUCAUCUUAUGGAAACCGAUAUGGCCUUGCUAGAGAAACAAAGUAAAGCUCUUGGCAGAAGAGUGGACAAAUGUAUUUACAUACACGAUUAUGAAGGGAUAACAUUUGGUCAAGUUUCUAAUAGAAGAGCCAUACAGGAUCUGAUAAGGUACUUCAUUUCGUAUCAGAACAACUAUCCGGAGCGCUUGAAAGCCGUGUUUGCUAUUAAUGCAUCCAUGUACUUUCAGUUUGCGUUCUCAAUUAUAAAACCGUGCCUAGCUGGAACAGUUGUAGAAAAAGUUCAUGUCUUUGGAACUGAUGGGUGGAAGGAAGAACUUUUAAACCGCAUCGACGCAGAACAGCUACCUGCCUUUCUAGGAGGCAAAAGGACUGAUCCAGACGGCAACCCCAAUUGCAAAACAUUUAUUCACCAAGGUGGAAUUAUUCCAGAGAGCUACUACAUCCACAAGAGCAAACGAUCUUUGGCUAAUGCGCCUGGUACAAAGAAAGUUGUAUUAUCUAGAGCCGCUUUCCACGAAGAAAAUAUUCUAGUUCAAGAACCCGGGUCCCUUAUCGAAUGGGAGUUCGAAACUAAAAUUCGAGACAUAGGUUUCGGACUGUUUUUGCACGACUAUGUUUCUGGUGAAGAAAAAGUAAAAGAAAUCGUCCCUCUUCAGCGAAUUGACACGGAGGAGUAUGCAGAAGCUGGUAUGUACAAGUGUCAAGAAUCUGGAAAAUAUGUCAUGGUCUUCGACAACACCUACAGUUGGAUGAGAUCGAAAGAAAUAUUUUUCAAGAUCAACGUAAUACGUCCAAAUGAUGAAAAGAAGACUGAGAACGUUUGAAUGCACCACAAAUUUAUACUUUUAUUGAAAAGUAGCAUUAUAUUUUUGAGUGUCAUUCAUAUAUUUAAUCAGACUAUUUAAGUUUCAAUAAAAUUCGUGAG